UCAGCUUGAGGCUUUGCAGGAGAAGCAGGCUGCACAUACUGCUCUUCUCGAAGAUGCUAUCCAACGUCUUGAUGCGCUUGAGCGCAAGUUCGGCAAGCAAAGACCGCAGGAAGAGUCAAGCCAUGCGCUUAAAAGAGUCAAGAGGGCGCAUAACGUGGGCAUCGCGGAAGCUGUUAGGCGCCUCCAUAAUUCGGAAAACAACCCGCAUAAAUAUAAUCCACAAACUGGAAUAAGUUCACCUCAUAACCAGGCAGUAAUGACAUAUCUGCUGGAAGAAUUGAAGACGACUUUUUCAGAUGCAGACCCUGAGUGUAUAAAGGCAUGCUGUAGGACUUACUAUGAGACAUUGCGGAGAAAAUACUCUUUGUCUCAGCCAGAAAAGUCCCAGCUAAGAGACUCCAUUAAGAUAGGGGCUAAAAACCGACAGAGGAAAAGACGAUUGCUGGAGUCCAGGUCUAGAGUCAUCCAAACAGAUGCAGAGAGAACACUGUGGCAGACUGCAAUUCUGGACCUGAUGUCUGAUGAAGAGGAUGCCAUCGUUGAUGGAAGACCGGUGUGGGUUGUGAGAUCUCCACCUCACAGGAACCCACAAUUGUCUGAGCUUUGCAAGCAACUUCAGUCCAGAUUGGAGGCAGAUAUGCGCUAUGCUCUUACACACCGUCAGCGUGUAAGAGCUGAGAGAAUCAAACCGGAAGAAGAUUAAUUUUUGGAAGUUUAAUAAACACUGGUGCAUGUGUUUGCUUCAGUAUUG